GGCAGUGCGGCAGGAUUCCGCUACCCGCUCGUACACAAUCAUAACGUCACACCGCACUCGUCUUAGAGGUGAUAAGUGUUAGUGAAAACCCUGAAUAAGGAAACCGCCACAAAGCUUCACGCGCCCACUAGCCAGUUCAAGGCUCCUACGUGAUCUUGCCAAGGCGUGAACAUAAAGGGCCUCCGUCCUCACGUAAACAGACCUGCUGAUUUGUAUAAUAUUUUUUAUCUGAACUCUUUCACCUUCGAGGUGUAUCUAAUCGAACUGUCAAGUGGUGAUAUUGUUUAGAGCAGUGUGAUAUCACAAUAGAAUUGAAUGAAUAGUGUUAACUGAAGAUGAAAUCUCGAGACCGUCGUGCGAAAUCUAAACAAGAGAAAAAAGGCGGGAAACAAGAAGUUAGAAGUGGGAAAAGCGGUGGGGUAACCCAGGGGACGCCUGGAGCAGCCCGAGUGCGCGCCAAGAGAACGGGAGCGGAGGCUGUGAAGCUGCACAUAGAGACGUCCGGCAGCACCGGCAGGUCGUCGAGGUCUGCCACUGCGGUACGCAAAACCAGCGUCAGAAUGACGGCAAUAAAGGAAUAUCCUUUCGAUCUGAGUGAUCUACAGAAUCAAUCUAACGAAAGUGGGGAGACGAAAAAUCCGCCACCUGCACCAGCGCCUACGCAAACGUCUGCGUUGCCGGCAGAUGCUCUGGCUGUUCCUUCCAGCAUUACUAAAGCGCCCACCCCUGACGGAAGGAGAAAAGUGUCGAUAAUGGCAGAUGAAGGCAGCAAAGACAGGGAAAAUAUGACAUCAGAAAGGAAUGGACGGGUAUCAAGCACAGCAGAAGGACCCUCGCGCCGUAAGAGCAAUCUUCACAAUGCCAUGGCGGCAGAAAUGGAUACAUCAUGGGAUCGGCCGGCGCACAUUGAAGGCAGGUAUAAGAAAUAUUCAACGACAUCCUCGAUAUAUUCGAAGAAAGCUUUGUCGCAGCAGAGCGAACACGUCGAAAGGUCCUGGUGGUACGCUUGUUGUCAGAAGUGUCAUCAAGAAGAAUCCGGAAUUCCUUCUUGGGAACCGCCUCACUGGCAAAAAAUAUGCCCAUACCCACUAUGCCCGUCUUACAGGACUUUUGCCCAAACCGUAUCAGUAUUGCUCAUCGGUGUUCUUGUAUGGCUGACUGUAUGGAUAAUCAUGGGAGACACCGCCGCCCCUGGAGGCCAGCUGUUUAUGUUUGCUGUCCUGACCAUCGCCGCGUACUUUGGAGGCUGGCUACUCGUCAAACUUACCACACUGCCAGCCCUAAUAGGAAUGCUGAUAGUCGGAAUAGUCAUGAAAAAUAUUGGUUUUGUUGAGUUUGAUCCAACGUAUCAAAAAGUCUGUUCAUACAUAAGAAAAAUUGCCUUGACAAUCAUUUUAACGAGAGCAGGAAUGGACUUGGAUCCUACAGCCAUGAAAAAAGUUUUCUUCACUGUAAUUAAGUUGGCAUUAAUUCCAUGGACCUUCGAAUGUAUUUUGUGUGCUGUGAUGGGUAACCUGCUCCUAGGCUUACCAUGGGAUUGGGCAUUCUUGCUGGGCUCCAUAGUGGCCGCGGUUUCUCCUGCUGUAAUUGUUCCCUGCCUAUUCCGCCUUCGGGAAAAGGGCUAUGGUGUCUCCAAGGGAAUCCCCACUCUGGUAUUGGCAGUUUCCGGGAUAGACGAUGCUGCCAGUGUUGCUGUCUUUGGGAUUGUGUCUGGUGUCAUGUUUUCGACUUCAUCGAUGACCAUGAAUAUAGUGAAGGGACCUUUGAGUAUUCUGGGCGGUAUAAUGUUCGGCUUCCUGUGUGGAUAUUUAGUGAAGUACGUGCCAGAGAGGAAUGAUGCCUUCCUAGUUCCUUUGCGGGUACUAUUGUUGCUCGCUGGAGGAGUGGUCUCUGUGUUGGGCUCUGAAGAGGUUGGCUGGGAUGGUGCCGGGCCACUAGCGGUUAUUGCCUUUGCCUUCAUGGCUUGCAAGAACUGGAGUGAACAAGGAUGGGAAAUAGACGACAACCCAGUCGCCACUGCCUUCGAAAUCUUUUGGAUGUUCUUCGAACCAAUGCUGUUCGGUGUGACUGGUGCGCAGGUCGUUAUAGCAGAACUGCCGUUACAGUUGGUGUUGAUUGGGAGUGGGAUUCUGGUCGUAUGCGCAAUAUUGCGCGCCCUCCUCACCAGUGUUUGCGCCGUGCGCAGUAAUUUGAACACCAAGGAAAAACUCUUCGUUGGCUUGGCAUGGAUGGCUAAAGCGACAGUACAGGCUGCCUUAGGCCCAGUAGCUUUAGACGAAGUCGGGAAAAUUGUGGGCCUAGAUGCCGCACAACAUGAGAAGCUGGUCGGCUACGCCGAAAUUGUGGUCACUGUGUGCAUUAUGUCCAUUGUGAUCACGGCGCCCAUCGGAGCCAUUAUUAUAACUCUCACCGGACCCAGGCUACUGUCCAAGACAUCAAAACCACCUGUAUUAGAAGGGUGGCGUCGUUCACACCGGCCUUCCAUUCGAGACAUCUCCAUCAUCGACGAGGAGGAAAUGGCAGAACGCGACGCGGAGGCCGACGAGCCCGCGCCGCCGCCCGACAGCCCCGACCAGACCGCUGUCGCGCCGUCCUACAGCACCCCCAAACCCAUCACCGUCCAACCCAACCACCGCACUUGAUCUCCUAACCCUGUCGCUGCGGGACUCCACUCAGAGUUGGUUUACCAUCUAUUCUUUCAAUGGUACAAUAAAACUAGGUAUGUCCUUCCUCUAUAUGCGAGAGUAACACUCGCUGGUUAUGCUGGAAACAUCGACUAUGACAUACUUAGUGAAAAUUAAUGCACUAUAUAUUAAUUGUUACCUUUCUUGCGUAAGUCUAGUUUUAACUGAAAUGCAAGUCUGUCAUCAUCCAUAUUUGAAUGUUAACUGUAGCCGUCCAUUAUAGGUGUACAUUCACAUUUCUUUUAGUUACUUCUACAGAAAUCAUCACAGAUAUUUGGCAUACGUAAAGAAUCUAACUAAGCCUUUCAUUACAAAUUUGUAUCUUUAGAAUCAAAUACUGGAUACUCCAAAAUAAUAAUUUUACUUUCGUAUAAUUGUAAUAAGGUCUAAUGCCGAGUUGUUGAUUAGUAACUCUACUUUCUAUUUAUUUCCAAAACUACUGCAAAAUCAUCAACCCCAACCAUUAAGUAUACUACUAAUAUCAUUUGAAUUGUGCUAUUUAGUUAGUACUUACAAUGUUAACUAACUUAUUUUUAUAUAAUCGCCAUUACUAGAUCAUUUUAAGGAAAUCACAAAAGUAAAAUUGUAUAUAACUAGACCAUUAGAUAGUAAUGAUAAGAUCAUGUGAUAAAGAGUAUACUUAAGUUUCUUAGCAGCGGGAGAAUCCUACUUAUAAAAUGAAUCGAUGUAUAAAGUACUUAUAUUUCACGAUUCAACUUAAAUAUAGGUUACAUUGUUAUUGACCAAUAUUUUAUUUUAUAUUUUAUUGGCCGUAAUUAAUAUGUUCUCGCUAAUAUGCAUACUUAAUUCAUCUAAACCAAGUGUAAAAGCCGUAAACUUAACGUUGGUACAAAUUAUAUAAUAAGCAGAUUAAAAUAUUUGUAUUCGCACUUUAAAAGUAUAUUUUUGUAUUGCUACUCGUAUACCAGUUCAUAAUUAUAUAUUCUUGCAUGUUUAAAACACUUAAAUAUUUUUUAAGUAAUUAAGUAGGUAUAAGUGGCAAAUGUAAUGUGUUCAGUAUUAUGCACGUGUAUAUAAUGAUACAGCCAGUUGUUUCCAGUGCCGUGUGCGUUUGGUGAUAUUGUGUGAUUAAAUUUAGUUUCAAAAUAAA